AUUCAAGCAGUCUUCUCUUUCUUGUAAUGUCAUAUAACAAGAAACGCACUUUUCUUGCCAUGGCUGACAUGGAUGUCGAUGAUGGUUUGAGUCUGGACUCGAACCAUACUUUGGAUCGCAGCAAUUCAGUCAGCAAACCCAGCAUCGACACUCGCUGCUACACAACUAAAACCAACUUGAUAGACAAUGCCUCUUACCGUCGUCUUGACCGACUUGAUUCUCAAGAUACAGUCUUGUUGGAAAAACUGGGAAAACUUUCCGUUGCUCAUUCAUCUUCCAUACCACAUGCCAAUAUACAAACAAAUUUGGUGCUAGAUAAACUGAAACAUAUGGCAGUCAACGAGAUUGAACAUGACUCUGUCAUCACUCUGACACAACAUUCUCCUAUAUGCGAUCCAGGCCGUAACAGCAAGUCGGUGCACCAUUCGGAUACACCUGGUUUAGAUUUAAACCCACGUAAAAAGAUAGCAUUGCUUAAUGACCUUCAAGACACACUGUCAAAGCUUACUCUUGCUUCCUUCCCAAGCCACCAUGCUCCAGAUUCACCACUUUUUGGCUCUGCCGACUAUUUAUUAGAAUGCUCGCAUGAACUUGAGCAUCCAGUCAGACAGUCGCCUCCCAACACAUUGCUUAAACAAAGAAAAGAUUCUCCACCGUCAUCUCACAAAAAGCCGGAUGUACAGCGACAUAAAUCAAAUGGAAAGGAUGCAGCUUCAGAAUUCAUACUCAAUUCAAUUUUAGAAGAUGACGAGUCUGGGCGGGAAACUGAUCUGGAAGACAACGAUCAUACUACCACUGGCCAAGUAAUGUUUCGAGGUAUUCCAAAAGUACUACUGACAAGGUCUUGGCAAGAACUGGAUGCAGGCCAAGGAAUGCGAUUCAAUCCUGCACAUGCUCAACUCGUAUUGUUCAGGCCUAAUAUUCGAUUUGAUCCUAGCGCUGGCAUAAGAUUAAAAGUUCCAUCCCCCAAUCGAUCUGGAUACAAUAGUACGAUUCGCAACUCAGAUUCAAGAACUCAUCGCCGAGUCUUGUCGCCAAUUAGGCGAUUAUCACAAUCCACCACAACCACAGGCGAUAUUUCGAUGGACAUUGCAUGAUGGUAAUCUGCUAUUUUGCUCGAAUUGUAUAGGUUUAUCAUUAUAUUUAUUGCAUUGGAUAUACUUGUUUGAUUGGCUAUAAUUCACCGCUGUAUUCAUGUAAACGGGGUACUAAAUAAGAGUCAGUAUAAUAAACAGUCAAUCUUAUGAAA